UCCGCCAAAGCGCGUCUCUCCAUCCUCAGCAGCAGCAGCUCCUUGGGAAUAAGCAGAGCCGCACUUUACUCAGUGCUGAUCAUCGUCCACUGCUGCUUGUUCUCAUGACUUUCAAAUUUUCUCUGGAGCGGAAUUAUAGACAUCAGAGGUCAAUGGACUAGUACGAGGCAGAAGGAUAAAUAUUAUUAUUACUGCAGUGACGUUUUUAAUGGGACUUUGAAGGGGAUUCUGUCCAUGUCUUCUGUCGGAUGAUGGCGCACGGAGUCUCCGUCAUUCCACUGGUUGGCAUUUUUCUGGAAAUCACUUGUGUUACUGCCAUCGAAUUGCGGUUUAUGCCAGAUCCACCGACGCUCAACAUCUACGGCGUCCAUCGGAUGAACAAAACUGACAACCUUGAGCUGACAUGCAGAGGUCACCUGUACCUGAGGUGGACAACUCCUCCUACAAGCGCUCGCUUCUCCACUAGUGACUGCAGUGGAUCAGGAUUCUUCUGCACAACACUGAUCAUCACCAAUGCAACUGUCAAUGAGACCGGACAGUAUCAGUGCUCCUACAGAGACCUAAAAGCUGAAGAUGGCAAGACUGCAGCAGCGGUUUAUGUCUUUGUCCAUGAUUAUAAGGUGCCGUUUGUGCCUUCAGAGAAGGAAUAUGAGGUGGUGUUCAUCCGUGAAGGAGAGCGAGUGGUGAUACCGUGCCGAGGCUCGGUGGAGAAUCUUAACGUCACGCUCAACACUAAGUAUCCAAUUAAGGAACUUCACCCUGAUGGGAAGGACUCUCUGUGGGACGCCAGGACAGGCUUCACUGUUCCUACACGUCUGAUCAGCUACGCCGGCGUCGUGUCCUGCCAGACUCGCAUCGGAAACGAGACUUUUAAGUCCCCGCUCUACAUCGUGGCUGUUGUUGGAUACAAGAUUUAUGACCUCACCCUGAACUCCUCGUAUGUGUGGCUGUCUGCGGGGGAGCGGCUGGUGCUGAGCUGCACUGCCCACACCGAGCUCAACGUGGGCAUCGAAUUCAACUGGACGCACUCUGGUGGAGCUCUGACUUCGGUCAACGGUUCGCCGUCGUCCCAUGCCGUGUCCCACAGGGAGAAGCUGUGGAACUCUCUGGAGCUGUCCAACACGCUCAUCGUGGAGAACGUGACGGUGGAUCACACUGGAGAAUUCACCUGCACAGCCUCCAGCGGCCAGAUGGAGAAAAGAGCCUCAGCAUUUCUUAAAGUUUAUGAAAAACCUUUUAUUGAUAUGAAGGAGCCCUGGACAAAGGUGUGGGAAGUAAAUGUGGGAGAUCAAACCUCUACGCUGAUCCCUGUCAAGUACUCGGCCUACCCUCCUGAACCCAACUUCAAAUGGUAUAAAAACGGCCUCCCACUAAAGGGCGACUACAGAAUAAAGCAGAAAAGCGACGCUCUCAUCAUCCGUGGAGUCACAGAAAUGGAUGCUGGGAAUUACACGGUGGUCCUGAGCAAUAAGAUCACUGAAGAAGAGCAGAGACGCUCUUUCCAGCUGCUGGUUAAUGUGCCUCCUCAUAUCAUUGAGAAGGAGGUGGCAGCGGACAUCGAUGUGUAUCCGUAUGGCAGCAGCCCCACCCUGAGGUGCACCGCCCGUGGAUUUCCCACUCCUACACACAUCCAGUGGCAGUGGAUGUCCAAGGAGGACUGUCCACAGGCCUUCAUGUCUGCAGUCUCUAAGUCUGAGUUACAGCUGAAGGAGUGCACAGGUUGGAGAGACGUCAGCAACAGCACCAGACACAACCAAAAAGAGCGAAAUAUGACUGACACCGAUCACACGCAAAAGAAAAUCAUGAGCUCUUUGAAGAUCCAGAAAGUCCAGGCUCAUUCCCUCUACAGAUGCAUGGCUGCCAACAAAGUAGGAGUGGAUUCACGCAUCAUCUUUUUUUAUGUCACACGCGGCCUCGAGGUGAGCAUGUCUCCAUCCAACGAGCUCCUGGAGGGGGACCACGUGGUUCUGCGGUGUAAAGCAGACCGGCUGAUCUCUGGUAACCUCACCUGGUUCCGUGUCACCAACGUGUCCGAGUCGGAGCAGGUUGCGUCGGUGCAGCCGUGUCGCUCGUUGACUCUGCAGCGAAGGCCGAUGCCGCAGGCCGUGAUGUUGACCCCGCAGGGAACCAAUGUGACCCUGGAGCUGUCGCUGCCCAACGCUUCCCGCCAGGAUGAGGGUCUGUACGCAUGUCAGGUGGUGAACAUGAAGACUAAGGAGAAAACCUGCCUGCUGCGUCGUGUUUCUCUAAAACAUCUCGAGCCUGCAAGGAUUCAGAACAACUUCACCGACCAAAAAGUUAACGUGAGUGCGACGAUCACCCUCCUCUGCGAGGCUGCUGGGACGCCGAAUCCGACGGUGAUCUGGACCAAAAACAACCACACUGUGGUGGAGGGCUCAGGCGUGAUUCUAGGCCAGCACAACCACAGUCUGACCAUUCAGCGUGUGAAGAAGGAGGAUAGUGGUCUGUACACCUGCACUGCAUGUAACAACCGAGGCUGUGACUCCGCACAGGCCUACCUGACAACUGAAGGUGCAGAGGAGAAGACUAAUGUGGAGCUGAUUGUUCCCAUUGGGUCAGUGGUCAUCGCUAUGUUUUUCUGGUUGCUGAUCGUCUUUGUCAUCCGUGGAAGAAAGAAACCCAGUGGAGGCGAUCUGAAGACGGGCUACCUGUCCAUGAUCCUCGACUCAGAGGACAUGCCCAUGGACGAGCAGUGUGAAAGGCUCACGUAUGAUGCCAACAAAUGGGAGUUUCCUCGGGACAGACUGAAGCUCGGUGAGCCGCUGGGACGUGGAGCGUUUGGCCAGGUGGUGGAAGCAGCAGCAUUUGGCAUCGAGAAAGCCACCACGUGCACAACUGUUGCAGUCAAGAUGCUUAAAGAGGGAGCCACAUCUAGUGAAUACCGGGCCUUGAUGUCAGAGCUGAAAAUCCUCAUCCACAUCGGACAUCACCUCAAUGUGGUCAACCUGCUGGGAGCCUGUACAAAGCCUGGAGGACCGCUGAUGGUGAUUGUUGAAUACUGUAAACAUGGAAACCUCUCUAGCUACCUGAAGAGCAAGCGUGGAGAAUACAGCCCCUACAAGAGGAAGCGAGUGGAUAGCCAGAGGUGGACGUCUGCGGAGGAGGAUGUGGCUGAAGGGGAUCUGGGUCUGGGGAAUGUUGCCCAGUUGGACAUCUGCACAGGAACAGCUGUCUGUUCCAGCAAUGCGGACGGGGCUUCAGGCUACAGCCUGGAUACUCACGAAGAGAGUUCAGAUGAUGACCAUCUUACCAUGGAAGACCUGAUCAGCUACAGCUUCCAGGUGUCCAAAGGAAUGGAGUUUCUAUCUUCUCGGAAGUGCAUCCACCGAGAUCUAGCAGCCAGAAACAUUCUGCUCUCAGAGAACAACGUUGUGAAGAUCUGUGACUUUGGCCUCGCUAGAGAUGUCUACAAAGAUCCUGACUAUGUCCGCAAAGGAGAUGCACGUCUCCCUCUAAAGUGGAUGGCGCCAGAGACCAUAUUUGACCGAGUUUACACCACACAAAGCGAUGUUUGGUCCUUUGGCGUUCUUCUCUGGGAGAUCUUUUCAUUGGGGGCUUCUCCUUAUCCGGGUGUUUGCAUUGAUGAGUCCUUCUGCAGGAGGCUUAAGGAAGGCACCAGGAUGAGACCCCCAGAAUACGCCACAACAGAGAUAUACCAGACCAUGCUGGACUGCUGGCUGGAUCGUCCUACAGACAGGCCGACGUUUGCAGAGCUGGUUGAACAUCUGGGAAACCUGCUGCAGGCCAGCGCCCAACAGGAUGGGAAGGACUACAUCCCCCUUACAGCCGGUGAAGCAGAAGGAAGCCCGGUGGCCCCCGACCCCAGGAGCCCCUACAGCAUCCCCCAAAGUGCAGAAAUCCUGGAAGCUCAGCUCCACUAUGACAACCAGCCUUCCCUUGGACUGUCCCAGCAGAGUAAGAGGUGCAGCCGGCCGCUCAGUGUGAAGACGUUUGAAGACAUCCCUGUAGCACACAGCAGUGUCAUGGAGGGCCACACAGACAGCGGUAUGGGCUUCUCACCUGAGGAGGUAAAGGGUUUGAAUCAGCAGCUUCCACAUACGCCCAGCUUCAGCCAGCUGCUGCGCUGUAAGAGCAAAGAGUCUCUGGCCUCGGAGUCGUCCAAUCAGACGAGCGGCUAUCAGUCGGGGUACCACUCUGACGACACUGACACACCGAUCUACGCCAACGAGGAGGUGAUCAUGAAGCACAACCUGCUGAAGAAGCCUCCGCUGCCCAGGACGCCCGACAAAUUCAACAUGGAGAUCCGCUACAGCACGCCACCUGUCUGACCCCACGCGUUCCUCUAAUCCACUGUACAGUAUUUGUUUGGUUCCCACAAGCUUUCUACACUCUAGGAACAAUGACAACACUGAACCAACUGAGUGAUGACAUAUUUUCACAGGAGAUAACUUAAUAAGUCAGCAGGGAAAAAUGAAGGUUGUAUGAUAAGUUUUGUAAGCGCAGCUCUCUUUGGACAGCCGGAGGAAUGCUAUCUUGUUUACACAGCCAGUAACAGACGUCUGAGGAGCCCGAGCACGAGGAGAGCGCCUACUUCCUGAAAGUCCAAUCCGCCCCCUUCCUCUGAUGCAGGAAAUGGCAUCUGGAAUUUUUAGAUAAUUGAAUCAGCAAAUGUUUUUUUUUCUUUUUCUUUUAUUAUUCUUUAUUUUUGUUGGCACACUGAAGGGCUGGUGGCAUUUCUAGAGUCACAUUUGUACAGUUUCUUUAUUCAUAUUACUUACAGUAUUUUAUUAAAAGUGUAUUACUAAACCUGCAGUAAAAGCAACUAGUUUUAUAAAAUAAAAGUACUCACAGAUGAA